AUGGUGCGGCCAGAGCAGGGGCACACGGCACCCCUCACUCAGCCCUACCCUCAUCAACUCCGGCAAUCAGGGGCACAGAUGUCAUCUCCAGAUUGCCUGCACCACAUUGGGAAGCCAUGCUCCAGCUACCCGGAUACCCACCACCAGAUAUCUCAUAACGGGCCCCCACGCGACUGGCGUGGCCUGCCGACACCGCCCCUCCCGCUCUCGCCUGCACCGGCCCGGCCACUGGCCCUGCCGCGGAGGCGGCGGCGGCGGCUCUGCUCCCCUCCCGGCGCUCCUCCAGGCGUCUUUCCGCUCUUGAGCCCGUCGGGGAGGCUCUCCUCGCGUCCCCUUUUCCCUCGGCCUCCCCUCCCGUCACCCCUCCCGACUCCACCCGAGCCCCGCACCUCAGCUGCCCCGGCCGUGGCGUGCGGAGCCACUCUGAAAAGGACUCUGGAUUUCGACCCGUUGUGGAGCCCAGAGUCCCCAAAGCGGAGACGAUGUGCGCCACUGUCGGCGCCCACCUCGGCCGCCUGCUCCCCGUCGUCCGCGGCCGCGGCCACGCCGCACAAGUAUCUCCGAAUGGAGCCGUCCCCGCGCGACGUUUCCUCCCGCCUCACCACAGAACAAAUUCUGUACAACAUAAAACAAGAGUCUAAACGCAUGCAGAAGAGAAGACAUUUAGAAGCUAGUUUCCAACAGACGGAUCCAUGUUGUACUUCUGACGCACAGCCACAUGCAUUUCUCCUCAGUGGACCAGCUUCCCCAGGGACUUCCUCUGAAACAUCCUCACCAGUAAAAAAGGAGCAGCCCUUAUUCACCCUACGGCAGGUUGGGAUGAUCUGUGAACGCUUGUUGAAAGAACGUGACGAGAAAGUUCGAGAAGAGUAUGAAGAAAUACUGAACACAAAACUUGCAGAACAAGAUGAUGCAUUUGUGAAGUUUACACAUGAUCAAAUAAUGCGACGAUAUGGAGAACAGCCUGCUAGUUAUGUUUCAUGAAUCACAUUUUCUGCAUUUGUGGGCUGCCUUGUUCCUUGUUGAGUUGUUGCAAGAGGUCCCAAUUAUGACAUGCAGCAAUGCCAACACCCCCCUGUGAAUACAGGUUAUUUAGAGCUUUUGUCAGUGGCAACCACUCUUAGGCAGCAAGUGGUUUUGGAAAUUUCCCUGAUGUCAGUACAACCUGGAUGUGGACCUUUGCUACCUGUAUUAAUACCAGUGGCCUCAUUUGCUGUAUCAUUACAAUUUGGCUUCUUAUAUUAAUAUGUUUGAAAAGGAUUAAAGCUGGUAUUCUA